CUUCGGAAGAGUUUUUUUGAGUUUGGUUCAUUCAUCGGUUUCCAUCUACCGUCAUCAUAUCGUAUUAUUAACGGAUUCUCCAAUAUUAAAUAACUAAGGGCUAAAUAAGAGAAAAAAAUAUUUUACAUAAUAAGAUAUUGAGAUGUAAAAGUGGGAAUAUGAAUCCAUAAUGAAGUGCAAAAAACCUUAAUUAAAUAUAAAUAUUAAAUAUACAAAAUAAAACAAUAAAAUUUAAUAGCCAUUGUACUCACAAAUUUCGUGUUUUGUGCUGUGUUUGUUUAUUUGUAUAUCAUAUGCGGCUCGAGAUACUUUUCAUUUUCCAUACACACACAGUUUUUUUAGUCGUGUUCGCAAAUUCCAAAUGUCAGUGCAAAACGAAAUAAGGCAAAACAAUUAAAGUUACCACAAAGCGAAAGACCAAGAAGAAAUUAGCUGCAUUUAAUACCAACACUCACUAUCAUGGAUGACGAGUUCAAGCUGUGCUGGAAGAAUUUCCAGGAUAACAUAGCUUCGGGGUUUCAAAGCUUAUAUGAUCGAGGUGAUUUGGUCGAUGUUACACUGGCCUGUGAUGGAAAACUACUGCAGGCGCACAAAAUUGUCCUUGCCAUAUGCAGUCCAUAUUUUCAGGAGAUAUUUAUAACGAAUCCCUGCAAGCAUCCAAUAAUUAUCCUUAAAGACGUCUCUUACACCAUCAUGUGCGAACUCUUAGAGUUUAUGUAUCAAGGGGUAGUAAAUGUUAAACACACCGAACUGCAAGCAUUCAUGAAAAUCGGACAAUUGUUGCAAAUCAAAGGCCUGGCUACAAAUUCAUCCUCUUCGACGUCGUCAUCAAUGUCGGAGAAAUUGACCACAAAUCAAAAUACAAACGCUGACAGUGAAUCGCCAUUACAACGUUCUGUCAGCCCAACCAAAAGGGAUAUUUCUCCUCCAAGUAAUGAGACGGAGGCGAACAAUGAAAGUUCCAAUAAUGCUGAAAAACUAAACCUCACAAACGCUGACUCAAAUACUCCACAAAGAACGCAGUCCCCAGCAAUGUCUCCUGCGUCGCCUUCUCUGAAUAUAUCCAGUGUGAACCAAAAACAAGGCGAAAGCCAAAUGCAACACAACUUUCACUUGGGAGCAAGUGGAGUCGGUCACAAGCGCCACUUAGCCGAGUUUAAUUCAGACUCCUUGUCAAUAUAUUCCAGAAAUAAAAGCCGACGUUUCACCACGCCCACGGACCAGAGCAGUGAUAACAAUGAAGGCUCCGAAGUUGGCGGCAACAAUAGCAUGGACCAAAUGAAUGCGGAAGACUUCUUCUUGCCUCACAUGUCUAUGGUGGAGGGACGUUAUGACCUAAACAGUGUGAAGAGGGAAAGCUCUGAUCAUCAUUUACAUCCCAAUAGUACAAGUGCAGCAGCUGCUGCUGCGGCGGCAGCAUCUUUAAGAAGUUCCUUCAACCCAGCAGCUUUUGGCCUAGACUAUACAUUCUAUAAGAAUAAUAACAGUGGUUCUGUCUCCAGCGGCCAAGAAUAUCCAAAUGAUUUGAACAUAUCCAGCAGUGAUUUCUCCAAAAGUUUUGCCAAUCACAUGGAUAUUCCGCCAAUUGGUCCUGGCGAACAUUGGUUCCAGGGGAAAUUAGAAUUCAUGCUGAGUCAGCGUGGCAAACCUCUACUGGUGCACGAUGGUCACACAUUUGGAAUACAAUACGUUCGCAAGGACAAAAAAUAUUGGCAAUGUAAUUUGUCGCGAAAAUUCAAUUGCAAGGCUCGCGUCACCACCACAGAUACGGGCGAGAUCAUAGUUACCAAUAACGAGCACUGUCACACCGAAAUCCGGCAGCAUCUACGAAAAGACUACCAACGCAACAAGGUUAUGAUGAAUGCGCUCAUCAACCUAAGUACCAAUCGCUUGGCAGUGGAGAAUCUUCGAAGGCAUAACGUCAACAGUAUAGCCAACAAUUUAAGCAAUCUGGUUGCAGCGAACAGUUCUCCGUUGGCGCUGCAGUCUCACAUGGAAGCCGCAAAUGCAAUGGCAGGGACUUUAUUAGACCUGGGCAAAAGGACAAUGUCAAUGGACAAUAAUGAAGAACAUGUAAAAAUCAAUCACCAUCAGCACCUCCACCCGCACUCGCACUCGCACCCGCAUCCGCAGCCACAAGCACAACAGGAACAAAGAAACUUGGAGCGCAACGAUGAAAGAGAGUUGAGCGAUGAGCAGCCAUUAGAUUGUGGAAUACGUUCUGCAGAUCUUAAUCGCUAUGAUCGGGAUGGUAGGAAUUUUAAGCAGGAAUCAUUGGAAAUUUAUAAUAACCCACAGACACAUCAACAGCCAACCUCUCCAACUAAUAAUAAUAAUAGUAGUAAUAACAGCAACAACAAUGAAAACACUGAUUGGCAAUGUAAAAACGAGUCAAUUCAACAAUGAUUGACUUUGAAGCUGAAGUUGAUCUUAAUUUUAUUUUGCAUCAUUGCAAUCGUAUAGGAAUGCUUUUUUCCUUAGAAGUAUUUUUGCUUCAUCCCAUACCACUUGAUCGCAAUGCUAUCACUAGUAGCAAUUUCUAGUGAAAAAGCUUGAUUUUGACCAAAAGUAACAUAUUCCUGAAAAAUAUAUAUCGCGGUAUUUUUCUGGUACUUUUUCUCAUUCCCAUGGCGUCUUUAAAGAUCACAACCUCCUAUGGAAGACUUCAGUGCUAAAAAUUCCAAAAACAAAGAACCAGUUUGAACUUAACGGGUACUUUAAAAUGUCACUUAGAAAUACAACACUGAGUGGUGUUGGUAAGUGGCAUUUGUGGUGGUCUUUAUCGAUAUGCCAGAAAUCUUAAGCUGCUAUCACACGAUAUGUGCGUUACAUGUGGCUGUCACUUUCUGUAUUCAUAAAACUUUUCUUAUGUACGUCAAAUAUGAAUAGAAUGGGCUCUUAUCGGCAUGUAUUCUUAUAUGUAUUGUAUCUUUUAGCCAUUUGUCUACACAUACAUAUAUUCGAUGAAAUAAGGGUUGCAUAUUUAUUCGAAAAUUCAUUUUCAUGUUAAAUUUUUCUUACAUAACACACGAUGUCUACAACUUUCAGAUACCUUGUGAUAUCAGUGCAGUACAGUUAGCUCUUCAUUCUAUGAAUUGUUCUACAACACGCGAACCAAUAUUGCUAUAGUUCUGUAGAUAUCCAUCUUGAAUUCGAAACGUAUAUUCAGAGUGUUCUAAAACACGUUAUAAAAUUUUUAUUAGAAUUCAAGCAAAUACAAAUUUCGAUUUUCAUCUUGACAUGCAAAACUGAGAUUAACUUCCAAUCGUUGCCAUCAAAAAAUCGUCCACAUGAAACCGAACCUAUGCAUUUUUUUCAACUGAUUACAACUUGUGUAAUGUCUAAUGUUCCACUUAAGCUGUCAACUGUUUUUAAUACUCUUUCAAAGCUCCAAAUAUUACAUUUAAGGUCAUUCCAAAGAAACUUCCAAAGAAUUUGUUAUUUUACUAUUAGAUAAAUAAGUUACAUUUCUAUUACCGAUGACUUUUCACUGUCACUUUCUAUGGGUUGGUACUCUGUUCGUUUUUUCAGGUGAACAACUGUCAAACUCUAUAUAAGAAAUUAGAAAUGAAAAAUGUGUGCAAAAUUAAUUGCCUUUUUAGGUAAAUGACUUAAAAAUAAAAAGUAGAUACAAUUUAUUCUAGUGUAAUAUGAUGGCAGGAUUGUGUUGGUGGCGAAUAUCUGCUAUAAGUUUAAUUAAAUUAUGAUAUUUUGUUGAAGUUCUUCACAACUCUUCUGAAAUUUGAACAGAGUACCUUGCUUAUGAUAAAAAUAAAUUGUUUAAUAUAUUAUAUAGUGCAAUUUAAAGAAAAAACUUUUUACAAUUUUACAAUUAAGCGUUGCAGUUAAAUAAAUGUUAAGACUUUUUUUAUUUGGGGUAAAUAAUUAUGUAUUUAUA